GUUAGCGGGAACGCCGAGGAUCUCAAGCAGUUGUGCGACGUGAUUCAGCAAGCGAAGGACUCGGUGUUUGAACCCCUCCAGACGUGGAUUGGAAAGAUCCCUCCUGAGCUUGAAACCCUAGUGGAGGAAUUCCGCGUAGCUUUGCAAAAACAGGUCAAGGACAUUGAAACAGUCCAGAACAAACAUAUCGUCGAGAAGACCGUCCUAGCGUCCGAGAUAACACAGCAGAUAACCAACAUGAAGAACUGUCUAAAUAAUGCUAUUCAUCGAUUCGAGUUAAGAUCAUUGACUUUAAUUCUGCUUCGUACCGAGCACUCAUCAGUUCAAUCUGAGCUAUCAAGACUUCGCCGAGCCCCAGCCGAGCACAAUUUAGUGAAGAGCAAAUCGGAGUGCCUUCCAGGCACGCGGGCUUCGAUGGGCUCUCCUGGAACAGGGAAAACUGCAAUUUCUAUGAGUGUCUCAUCUACUCUUGAGGAACAGGGUACUCUGGCCGCCUCAUUCUUCUGGGAUAAAACCCGGACAGGAUCGGGGUUGGAUUCUCUUGAACUAUUCCCCUCUACCCUUUCCCGCCAACUUGCAUCCUUCAACGAGGACUUCAGAUUGUCGCUCGUCAGACGCCUUCGGCAACCAGGUUUGGAGUUAGUUCAGGAUUUCCCCUUGGGAAAACAAAUUAAAACUCUGAUAAUCGAGCCGAUGCGUGACCUGAAGGACAUUUAUCCUCCAGGUAAGGAUCGCUUGGUCAUCGUCUUGGAUGGUCUCGAUGAAUGCGGGAAUCAGGAGACACUUAAGUCCUUGAUGACGCUAGUACUUGCCCUUGAGGAGCUGCCGCCAGCAUUUGCUGUGUUUGUUAGUUGUCGUCCCGAGCCGGGAGUCAUUUCAGCUUGGUCCAAGGCUCGAAAGAAGGGACAUGUCAUACCGUGUGAAGAUGUGGACGAGAUCGUAAAGGAUGAGGCUUUCUACACUGUGCGACGUAUGGUGGUUGACGGCCUUCAGGACCUCAUUAGUGAAUCUUCGUGGCAACCAACAGAGGGGGAACUCAAUGAUUUUUCUCAGGCCUGCCGUGGGUUACCUGUUGUGGCAUCUAUCCGGGUUCGCGAUGUUGGCCUACAGACUCGGCGUGGCCGCACCCUACAAUCGGCGUUCCGGAACCUGCUCGAUCUCUCUGACAUGCCUGCCGACCUUAGCAGGGAGUACUUGCGAGUCCUUCGACAAGCCUAUGUGCUGGAUUUAUCUGAAGUUCCCUCGGAUGUGGCCAAGAAGUACCGCUUGGUGGUCGGGGCGAUUGUUGUGGCACGUGAGCCGAUGAAUGUGUCUUUCAUGUCGCAACUUUUUGGGAUUGGCGAGGAUGAGAUCCGGGCGACAUUGGAACCAAUCAGGGCGAUCAUAAAUCUUCCCUCAGAGAACACAGAAGAUGUCACCUUCUAUCACGCAACGGCGGAAGAAUUUAUAAUGGGGGAUCCAAUUGGUGAUGAGAAGGAUAAAGUAUUUUUCAUCAAUGACGUAAAAGGGUAUGGGUAUUUCCUUGGACUUCCGCUCCUCAAACUUUUCAACAGUUAUUGUGAGCGGAACACAUUUGGGAUACCUGCCGAUCCUCCCUUCGGAGAUGAAAGAAAAUGGGAGGCAUUUAUGGCGAAAAAGAUGGAUUAUCGCCGCUGCUUUCACUAUGUUAUUGAAUACUUACUUCAGCAUUUGGACCCUUCGCAACUAUUUUCACAAGAGCCCAAUGAGUUACAAAACGAGUUCAAUACUUUCAUUACACGAAACUACAUGUUGACAUUCAUGCAGUUGCAAAACGAAGUCGGCUAUCCCGAACCCCUUUCAUUUCCUAAAGAAUUACUUCAAUUCCAUGUAAGCGUUGACUGUUCAUCUGAUGCUUUUCUGAUGUCAUAUUCGAUAGAACCACGAUUUGAUCCAACUUCUGAGAGAGUUGGGUCCAGUCGCUUUCAAUGUCGGGUACAAACCAUGGCAGCUGUAUCGAUCAGAGCUUCCUUUCACGCCACUCUCAUCGUUCAUCCACAAACAAUAUGGCCAUCUGUCUGAUCCUGUCCGGAUGUUCUCCAUUUUUGGCAAGUAUUUUGGUGGCACCAUCCCAC